GAUGAAGAAAAUCCUUGGGUUGAGCUCCCCAGCAAGGCUGUUAUGGGAACAGCAAAAGGAGUCGGCUCUGAAGGGCAAACAGAUGCGAUGGCAUCCUGCCAUUAUCAGAUGGUGCAUUGCCCUUCAGAGCAAGUCCUCAGCAGGGUAUGGUCUUCUUCGUGAUUCAGGCUUUCUUAAGCUACCCCACCCGAGCACGCUGCAUUCAUACAGCCAUUUUGCCAGCCUCACUACAGGGUUAUAUGCCUCUAUGCUUGCCAGGAUUUAUCAGGACUGGCAUCUGGAGACGGUUCCUGAGUUCGAACGCAAUGUGUCUCUUCUAUUUGAUGAAAUGAAGGUGAAAGCAGGCUUGGCCUUCUCUGUGAGGUCUGGGAAAAUCAUGGGUUUCACUGAUUUGGGGAGUGUGGCCAACGAGAUUGCUGCUUUUGAAAGGAGGUGCAGAGGAGACGAGGAGCCAACCAUAGCAACUCAUGUCAUGGUUCUGAUGGUGAGGGGCAUUUUCAGUUCUUUACGUGCUCCAGUGGCGUAUUUCCCAACUACCGGCAUCACAGGCGACCAGUUGUACCCGUGCAUGUGGGAAGCUGUUUUGUGGUUAGAAACAGCUGGGCUGCAGGUUCGGGGUUUGGUGUCCGAUGGAGCCUCUCCAAAUAGGAAAUUCUAUCGGUUACACGGAGAGAGUUCUGAGACGAGUGUGCCAACGUAUUGCACUCCGAAUCCCUUUGACCCCAACCGGAAAAUCUUUUUCCUGUGCGAUGUUCCCCAUCUGCUGAAAACAACAAGGAACAACUUCGAGAAUUCGGGAUACAAUCGGCAGACAAGGACACUCUGCUACCAUAAGCAAGACAUCAAGUGGACGCAACUCCUUCAGUUGUAUGAGUGGGAUGUCGGCUUGGAUCGCCAUUCACCGGGUCUCCGUCGCCUGCACAAGAUAACCUAUGAACAUCUGCACCUAACUCCGUCCCUCAGAAUGCGGGUGUACAUGGCUGCACAGGUUAUGAGCUCCACGGUUGCCAACACUCUUGAUGCACAGACGAAGGCAGGCAAGGUUGGUCUGGAGUCCACCAUCAAAUUCAUCAGAUACAUUGAUGACUUCUUUGACUGCCUGAAUGUCUCCAAUGCCUAUGAUUACGCUCGCCUCAGGAAGCCCAACUUGGAACCUUACAUCAGUGCUGAGGAUAAAAGAUUUGACUGGCUGAUGCACGACUUCCUUGGUUUCCUUGAUGAAUGGGAGGCUGAAGUCGAGUCACACCCAGCCCUGGAUAAGACAGCCAAGGCGAAGAUGAUCCUCAGCAAGGAAACUCUCAAGGGGAUGAGAAUAACAGUGCAUUCAUUUGUUGAGCUAGGGAGGCUGCUGCUCAAGCUUCCUGGUGUGACUUUUCUUCUAAGCGAGAAAUUUAAUCAGGAUCCUUUGGAGCAGUAUUUUAGCAAGCAGCGUGGCACAGGUGGCUGCAGCGAUAGCCCGACCGUCGAGCAGUUUGGUCAUAACAUGCAGGCCCUGUAUGUUGCAUCCAGCUGCGUCAAAGCAUCUAAGAGAGGCAACUGCAAAGUACAGGGUGCAGAUGAAGUGGCUGCUCUUGAUAGCACACCUCUUCCUCGGAGAAAGUAA